AUGCUCAUUAAACCUCGAAGAGUUAUAAGAAAUAUUGAAAUAUUCAUAUUUGUAUGUGUAUUCGGCCUGAGCUUAUACUGUCUUGUGCAUAGCACACGUGAACUUACCACGUACGAGUUGAUACAUAACAACAAAAGUGAUGACAUAUCAUGUCAUUAUAUUGAUGGUGACGAUUAUCUCCCCACCGUCGAUGGCACGUUUUCUCCUGCCCCAUAUCCGAUUUUUUUCCACGACACUAGCUGUAAAGGAUAUUUAAAUUCCCGCCAGAUGUGUGCAAUAGAAUCGGCGGCAAUAAGUCACCCAGAAAGAAACAUCUACGUCUUCUUUAGCGGUCCUGUUUCCAAGUCAGCAUUGCUAGGAAAAAUGUCUAUAAUGUAUAGGUUCAGUAACGUGAUGCUAGCUAGAGUACACAUAGAUGAAUACUCUGCAAACACACCCAUACAAUUUUUUAUAGAAAAUGGCACAUUGAAAAAUACUAGCUGGGCAAUUGAAAAUACAUCGAAUGUACUAAGAUUUCUCUCACUUUAUAAGUGGGGUGGGGUGUACCUAGACACAGAUGUAGUUGUGGUAAAAUCAUUUGAUCUUUUAGGAGAAAACUGGAUUGCAAAAGAAGAUGUGUUCACAAUUAACUCGGCAGCAAUUUCUUUGGAUAAUUAUACAUUAGGUAGAAACGUUGCAUCUGAUUUUCUUGAUGAAAUAGUGAAACAUUAUAAAAGCGAUAAUUGGGCACAUAAUGGUCCUGGUGUUGUCACAAGAGUCUUAACCAGGUACUGUGGAACUGAUGACUUAACAAAAAUGACUAAUUCAAAAUGCCAAGGAUUUACUGUUUUAGAGCCAAAAUACUUGUAUCCAAUUCAUUAUAAUGAUAGAAUGCAGUACUUUCAGCAUGGUAAUCCUGAGAACUAUCCCGAUGCUUAUUUGCACCAUAUUUGGAACAGACUUACUCAUCACUUAAAAGUUCCAAAACAUUCCUUGUAUUCCAAAUUAGCACAGAGAUAUUGCCCCUCAGUAUAUCAACUGUAUAAUGAAGAAUUUGGUUUAUAAUUCUACGACUUUCAAAAUGUGAUAUAGAACUAUAUAUUUAAUGCCUCUGUUAAUGAUUUAAUUGAUUGAUCACUAUUUUAAUUGAAUUCUACUAAUUUUCUUGAGUUUAGAUAUAAAAUUUGUAAGAAUCUUUGAACAAUUAUUUUAAUUAACUUCUUAUUAGAAUCUAAAAAUAUACUAUAAAAUUCACUAUGUAGGUAUUUAUAUAAAAUCUAGGUGCUGUAUCCUUGAUAGAGCAAAUAUGUAUAUAAUUGAAAUAUAAUGUAGUAGAAGACAUAUUUAAUUCUAUGAAAUUGCACUUUUUUACUACAAAGUUAUAGUAUUACUGAGGUUCUCUUCACAAUUUAAUGUAUUGGGGACUUAUAUACAACAGAACUUAUUAGGAUGUAUAAAGGUAAACACAAAAUGCAGUUUUUUUUGGGUAUUUUAUUACUUACAGUAAAAACCGUCACAUCACUUCUUAGCGGCCGCACCUACUUUAGAUUUCUUAGUACCACGCACCUUCUUCAUUCUGUUCUUACGUUCUUUACGCUGUUUGCGCGUGGGUCUCUUCUUUUCGUACAAUCCAUGGCGCGCUAACCUAUGUUUGGGCUCAAACUUCUUAGCGAAAUCUAAGGUGUCGUA